GCGCCAAAGCUAAAGAAAAAUAAACAGAACCAUCAUCAACUGAAUAGAAGCUGUCGUUUUUUAAAUAGCUAACUGUUAGCCAAAUAUAUGGUUUAUAUUUAUAUAUCUGCUAUAACGUUAGCUAGUUAAGAAUAUAAUUGCACAUUUAGCUUAUGAAAGAAGCGUAACCAAAGAGUAUCUAUUAUCCUGUAAAGUUUGUCUUUAGAAGUGACGUUUGCAUCCCAGCUAAGCAACUCGAGUGUAAGAUGAGUGGAGAGGGUUCUGCUCACAGCUCCUGCAGAGGACGGCAGAGGGGAGGGGGAUGGAGGGGAGGAGGAGGGGGAUGGAGGGGAAGACCAUGGAGAGGAAACUCACGCCCCCCCAGUGCUCAAAGAGGCUCCUCUCAGUCCCGUGUGUCUCAGACCACUCUGGACAGACUCUCUCCCUAUAAAGGCUGGGCCCUCUACUUCACUGAAGGUUUCAUAGAGAGUUCUCCAUAUGUGGAGAAGAUAAAAGUGUUUGAACAGUACUUCACCUCACAGAUACACCUCUAUGACAAAGAUGAGAUUGAGCGUCAGGGCAGUGUGUUGGUGGACUAUAAGGCUCUUGUUGAGGAUAAGAAGGUGUGUAUGGCUCUGCCGGACCUGUCCAAUCAGCUGAGAGAACAACCAGAGACCACUCUCAACUGUCUGGGCCUCGCCAUACACCAGGUUUUGACGAUGGACUUGGAGAGACACGCUGCAGAGUUACAGGGGGAAGGGCUUCCUGGGGGAGCCACACCCAUCAUUAACAUACCCCACAUCAGCGCCAGGUUGUAUAACUAUGAGCCAUUGACAGCCCUGAGGACGCUGCGUGCAAGUGUGUUUGGUCGGUUGGUGUGUGUGAGGGGGACCGUGGUACGUGUCAGCAACAUCAGACCACUCUGCACAAGCUUGGCUUUCACCUGCUCCGGCUGCUCACACACACACACACUCACCCUGCCACACGGCAAGUUCACCACGCCCACCAAGUGUGUGCAGCCACAGUGUCGCAGUCGUUCCUUCGUCCCUAACAGGAGCUCCCCUCUCACCCUCACUGUGGACUGGCAGAAUAUCAAGGUCCAGGAGCUGAUUGGAGGAGAGCAGAGGGAGGCAGGGCGGAUCCCUCGGACGGUGGAAUGUCACCUGACCUCUGACCUCUGUGACAGUGCGGUCCCUGGAGACACCGUUACUAUUACUGGAACAGUCCGAGUCAGCCAAGACGACGGCGGCAGCAGGGGGAAGAAGGAUAAGUGUAUGUUCCUGCUCUACAUUGAGGCCAACUCCGUCAGCAACUCUAAAGGUCAGAAAGUGAAGGAGGCUGGAGGUCAGGGGUCAUCUGGAGGUGAAAGGUCAUCGGGGAUAGAGUUCUCUUUGAAGGAGCUGUACGCCAUCCAGGAAAUACACAGCCAACCUGAUCUACUAAAGCUCAUCGUACACUCCUUGUGUCCAGCCAUCUACGGCCACCUGCUAGUAAAAGCAGGCCUGUCCUUAGCGUUGUUUGGAGGCAGUCAGAAGCAUGCUGAUGAUAAGAACAGGAUCCCCAUCAGAGGAGACCCUCAUAUACUGGUGGUGGGAGACCCUGGCCUGGGGAAGAGUCAGAUGCUACAGGCGGUGUGUAAUGUGGCUCCCAGGGGGAUCUAUGUGUGUGGUAACACUACCAGUACGUCAGGGCUGACCGUCACUCUGUCCAGAGACGCCGGCUCUGGAGACUACGCACUGGAGGCUGGAGCUCUGGUACUAGGAGACCAAGGUAGGGGUGUGUGCGCUUACAUCCCAACUAUCAUCAUCCCAACUGUCAUCAUCCAACCUAUCUGUGCCAUUUGUGUGUUUGUGUCAGGGCUGUGCUGUAUAGAUGAGUUUGAUAAGCUGGGCCAUCAGCAACAAGCGUUACUAGAGGCCAUGGAGCAGCAGACCAUCAGUCUGGCUAAGGCUGGUCUGGUGUGUUCCCUACCUGCUAGGACCUCUGUUAUCGCUGCUGCUAACCCUGCUGGAGGACACUACAACAGGGCCAAGACGGUCUCCGAAAACCUCAAGAUGGGCAGUGCCCUCCUGUCGAGAUUUGACGUGGUCUUCCUCCUAUUGGAUGUUCCUGAUGAGUCGCAUGACCGCCGGCUGUCGGAACAUGUCAUGGCCGUCAGGUCAGGGAAGGGAGGGGCUUCAGGUGCCGUGGUUACACGAGGAGACGACCAUCAAUCACAGAGCUCGCUGCUGGAGCCCUCCGACACACCUCUUUCUGACCGGCUGCAGGUGUGUCCAGGGGAGUGUGUAGACCCCAUCCCCCACUCCCUGCUGAGAAAAUAUGUUGGUUAUGCACGUCGCUACGUUCAUCCCUCGCUCUCUACCGCCGCUGCCCAGACGCUCCAGGACUUCUACCUCUCCCUACGCUCACACACACACCCCGUCGACAGCACACCCAUCACCACACGCCAGCUGGAGUCCCUCAUCCGCCUCACAGAGGCACGGGCGAAGCUGGAGCUCAGAGAGACAGCCACCAAGAGUGAUGCUGAAGACGUUGUGGAGAUCAUGAAACACAGUCUGGCAGAUACCUUCUCUGAUGGUAGUGGAGGUCUGGACUUUGAGCGGUCAGUACUGGGUGUUGGGAUGAGUCAGCGUUCGGCUGCCAAGAGAUUUAUCACUGCACUCAACACACACGCUCAGCGCACACACACCAUGUUGUACGACCUCACACAGCUACGCAGCCUGGCCAAGGACCUCAACAUACAGGUUGCAGACUUUGAAGGUUUCAUCAGUUCUCUGAACGAACAGGGCUACCUGCUGAAGAAAGGACACAGACAGUACCAGCUACAGACUAUAUAACACACAAACAUCAUUUAAAGACCUGCUGUUACUUAACGCAAUACACGUUUUGUAAAGAAUUGGUUGUUUAUCAGAGAAUUCUUCCAAUACUGAGAUGUAUAUCUAUACAGUACCAGUCAAAAGUUUGGACACCUAUUCAUUCCAGGGUCUUUAUUUAUUUUAACUAUUUUCUACAUUGUAGAAUAAUAGUGAAGAUGACAUCAAAACGAUGAAAUAACAAAUAUGGAAACCUGUAGUAACCAAUAAAGUGUUAAAUCAAAAUAUAUUUAAGAUUCUUCAGUAGCCACCCUUUGCCUUGCACACUUUUGACAUUCUCACCAGCUUCACCUGGAAUACCUUUCCAACAAACAGUCUUGAAGAAGUUUCCACAUAUGCUGAGCACUUGUUGGCUGCUUCUCCUUCACUCUGCUGUCCAACUCAUCCCAAACCAUCUCAAUUGGGUUGAGGUCGGGUGAUUGUGGAGGCCAGGUCAUCUGAUGCAGCACUCCAUCACUCUCCUUCUUGGUCAAAUAGCCCUUACACAGCCUGGAAGUGUGUUGGGUCAUUGUCCUGUUGAAAAACAAAUGAUAGUCCCACUAAGCGCAAACCAGAUGGAUUGGCGUAUCAGUGCGCCUUGAAUUCUAAAUAACUCACAGACAGUGUAACCAGCAAAGCACCCCCAGACCAUCACACCUCCUUUUCCAUGCUAAACGGUGGAAACCACACAUGCAGAGAUCAUCCUUUCACCUACUCUGCGUCUCACAAAGACACAGCGGUUGGAACCAAAAAUCUCCAAUUUGGACUCCAGACCAAAGAACAGAUUUACACUGGUUUAAUGUCCAUUGCUCGUGUUUCUUGGCCCAAGCAAGUUUCUUCUUAUUGGUGUCCUUUAAUAGUGGUUUCUUUGCAGCAAUUCGACCAUGAAGGUCUGAUUCAGUCUCCUCUGAACUGUUGAUGUGUCUGUUACUUGAACUCUGUGAAGCAUUUAUUUGGGCUGAAAUUUCUGAGGCUGGUAACUCCAGUGAACGUCUCCCCUGCAGGUAACUCUGGGUCUUCCUUUCCUGUGGUGGUCCUCAUGAGAGUUUUUGCGACUGCACUUGAAACUUUCAAAGUUCUUGAAAUUCUCCAGAUUGACUGACUCACCUUGAGUAGGUGUGUCAACUUUUGACUGGUACUGUAUAUUAAUACAUAACGGUUUAAUACAUUAAUAAUGAAUCUGUUUGAAUAUGAAUUCCUGACCAAUGUUAAUGUAUUUUGCAUAUUUUGACUAUUUGUAUUGUGGAAAUCUUAUAAUUUGACUGCAUUGGGGACGAAUGUGAUCAAAUAAAUAAGCUAGAAAUAUUA